UUUGUUGCUAGUUAUUCUGUGACGGAUUGCCUUGCCGACAGCAAACGAUGCUACCAGCGACGGGAUUGUUCCGGACCAUCAAUUGUCCCUUCUACGAGCGAGAUUUUUGCACCCGGCCUUAUUGUCAUUUCAAGCACGCCAAACCGGAAAUUCCGGUUGCCACUUACAAAGCGACUCCGAACUUGUUACUCAAUCAAGCACAGACAGGUGCAGAAUCGUCCGAUCCUAGUGAAGCUGUCUUGCGCAAGAAACCAAAAUUAGAAUACAUCCCGGUUUCUACCGUUGCUCCGAAGUACGUUCCGGCUUCAAGGCUUCAAUCAACUAGCAAUGUUGAAAAGUCGGACGAAAACAUCGCACAGGAUAGCGAUGAACUAGCAAAACCGAACGCAGAACAAAAUGGUUCUGUUGAAAAAUUGGGCGAAACUAGCGAUAUCGAAGAAGCCACGACCAACGAAAAGACAAUCACCCGUCUUGAUAAUGGAACAACGAAUGGUAGUGUUUCGAGUGGCCAUGAUUCUGCUGGAGACAAAAAGUCCACCGAAGAAGACAAGCAGCGUUGUUCUUCGAAACAUUCUUCCAGAAGGGAAAGCGAUCGGAAGACCGACUCCGGUCACCGACACAGUUCAAGUUCCCAUCGUUCAUCAUCGUCAGCGGCGGACAAAAAGCAUAGAUCAUCGGAAUCAUCGUCCAGCAAAAGGCACGUCAGUAGCAGCAGCAGCAACAGCAGCAGUAAAAACAAACAUCGCGAAAAGGAUAAAGAAAGCUCGAGAAGUCACUCAUCAAAGCACUCCUCCGACAAAAAGGACCGUCACCAUGGGUCCUCGGACCGCAAGCAUAAAACAACCUCUUCAUCUACUAGCUCUAGCAUCGGCAGUAGCAGCAGGAAAACUGGCAGCAGCCGCAGUGGCAAAAGCAAAGAACAUCACAAAUCCACAUCAUCGUCGUCAUCGAGAACGUCCUCUACGUCGGCUGAGAAAGCUUCACCGAUCGUGGAAGAGAAAAUGCGCCCUUCGGAGGAUGAGAUCUAUCAGGAACUGAUCAACAAUCCACCGAGCGAUAUCGACAGUGAUGACGAUGACAUCAUUGAGCAGUGUAAAUUGAUUUUUGAAGAGUACCAACCAGAAGUGCAGAAACACGAAACGAAGGAAUUGGAAUCGAUAAACGGACAAAUCGAUUUGAUAGCCAUGUUGGCAGAAUCGAAGACGAAUUACGAUGACAAUCGGAAGAAACGGGUCGCCUACGAUGGGGCCAGCACAUCUAAGUUAUUGCCUGUGGUGGAGAAGAAAACCAAUCACAUUCAGAACGCUAUUAAGUCCAUCUAUCUGCGUCGGGAAAUCGUUCGAAAGCAGCAAGAAGAACUGGCAGCGCGAAAACAAGCAGAAGAGGAAAUGAAACGCCAAAUCGCAGAAGAAACGCGCAAAGCUAUGGCAAAACUUGCAACACCACCAGCUCCAGCGGUUAAUGGAUCGCCAGUGUUACCGAUCAGUCCGAACAGAUUCUAUGCUUCGCCGCCAGAGACUAGUAGCUUCAGUAUGCCCAAAAGCCGAUUCACUCCCGCUGUUAAUGUGCUUGCUUUCCAAAAGGCAAAAGAAAAGAUAGAUCAACUGAAGAAGAACCAAGCGGUGCGAACACCGGCACAGACGGCAUCGAAGGUGGGAGGACGUGUGGCACACGCAAGCGCAGCCACCGUUUCUGCAGCGGUCACUCAGACUCCUCAAGCACCGCCUAUACUUGAACCGACUUCAAGCAAAAUAUCAUACAACAUUCGGAUGCAGUAUUACGGAUUGAUGGUGAAACACUGCCUCAACAUAUAUCCAAAUUGUGAAGAUGCUUGGGAUCGUGCCCAAACGGAAGAAUUGGCCGUGAUGAAGAAGUGUAGCACAGCGAUGAUCUACAAAAGCAGCGCCCUACUAACGAUCAACAAACUACGCAAAGAGGUUAUCGAGACGGGCAACGCGGCAGCCGAAAAAAACAAAACCGUAUCUCACGAUGUGAUACUUGCGGGCAAAAUGGUUAACAAUAUUUCUUGGAGUGUCAACAAGAAACUAAAAACGGACGUCAGAACCUCGGCAUACACCAUUGACAAUGCGCCCGCAACCAUUGCUUAUAAAAUGAUUCACGAAUGCAUGCUUACGGAGGAGCAACUCCGCUCUAAUGGAUUUCCCCGGGCGACUGAUGUGCCGGGGAAGGCCAAAAUGUACACCACCAAACCGUCUAGACCACCGAACGAUAAUGAACGCUACUGUUCCCGUUGCGCGAAGGUUUUCAAUUUGGAGUUAUACGACGAGCCGCAGGUGGACACGUGCAUCUAUCACCCGAAGAGCACCUGCUAUCGUCGCGGAUUUGCAGACAACCUGCAUAACUGCUGCCAGCAGCCGUCCGGGACGCCUGGUUGCAUGUACGCCAACUAUCACGUCUCUAGCUACUUGGACUACGAAGACCUACACGGUUUCGUAAAAACGAUCGCUCCGUCUGAGGGCUACGAGCCGACCAAGCGAGAUGUAUUCGCGCUUGAUUGCGAAAUGUGUUACACAACCGGUGGCCUUGAACUGACCCGCGUCACGGUGGUUGAUAUCAACGAGAAGACUGUCUAUGAUACACUCGUCAAACCCUUGAACCGGAUCGUUGACUAUAACACACGAUUUUCCGGUAUCACGGAGGAGAUGCUACGAUCGACGAAAACCACGCUGUGCAACGUGCAGGCCGUCUUACUGUCCAUGUUCAACUCGGAAACAAUUCUGGUCGGCCACAGCUUGGAAAGCGAUUUCCGGGCACUGAAGCUCAUACACGACGUCGUCGUGGAUACUUCUGUGCUGUAUCCGCACAAGAUGGGACCACCGAAGAAGCGCGCCCUCAAAACUCUUUGCAUCGAGAAUCUGAAGAAGAUUAUUCAGGAAAAUGAUGCUGGGCACGACAGCGCAGAAGAUUCAGUUGUCUGCAUUCAGCUUAUCAAGCACUAUCUACGAAAUCGUAUUUUGUGAUUUUCGUGGCCCAAAUUAUUCAGAAAAAAAUUAGCAAAUGCCAGUAUACCACCAUCCAAAGUCGGUUUUUCUUUCUUCCGAGCGGAUCACAUGCCACUGGAAGACGAUCUUGACGCAUCUCACCACAGAUAUUUAUUAUUAUAUUAUUUCUAUUGUUAACUUACACGUCAUAGGUGACCAUUUUACAGACAAAUUUUCAUCCCACUUAUUGCCUUAUUUAAAC